AUGGACGAACUAAGAGUAAAAGAAGUAGAACCAUUACUGAAACUGGACGGUCAUCAUCCAUCUAUAGAAAUUAAUCUUAAUUAUACAAAUAAUAAACCAAAUUUUGUUAAAUUUAAUCGUAAACUUUUGAAACCAAAUUAUCAUAAAUGUAAUUUUGAAAAAAUUAAAGAACAUUUAAGAAAAGUUAAUUGGCAUGAACUGUUAAAUGACUUGGACCCUGAUAGUGCUGUUGAUGCUAUGUAUAAAGAACUUAAUUCAGCAAUUUUGCUGUUUGUACCAUUUAAAAAAUGUAAUCCUUACUAA